CUUGUCAGACUGGUUCUAGUUAGAUCAUCAGUGACUUCUUUCUUCACCUCAGUCUAGCCUACAAAGUUGCUGAUAGAGCCUGGAUACACACACUUGAUGGCAGACCUCGGUCUCCACAGGACCAUUCCUCGCUGGUCAGCAAUGUAUCGGCCAGCUGUGGUGAGGGCCAGGAGGAGAGCUUGUUUGGAGCCCUGGGUUAUUGGCCUCAUCACCUUUAUAUCCCUGAUUGUCCUGGCAGUGUGCAUUGGACUCAUCGUUCAUUAUGUGAGAUACAAUAAAAAGACAACCUACAAUUACUAUAGCACAUUGUCAUUUACAAGUGACAAACUAUAUGAUGAGUUUGGAAAAGAGGCUUCUAAAAAUUUCACAGAAAUGAGCCAGAAAAUUGAAUCAAUGGUGAAUAAUGCAUUUCAUAAAUCUUCAUUGAGGCAAGCAUUUGUCAAGUCUCACAUUAUCAAGUUCAGUCAAGAGGAACGUGGAGUAUUGGCUCAUAUGCUGCUGAUUUUUAGAUUUCCCUCUUCUGAGGAUCCUGAAACCGUAAAUAAAAUUAUUCAACAUGUUCUACAUAAAAAGCUGCAAGAUGCUGUAGGACACCCCAAAUUCCAUCCUGAACUUGUUGAAAUUAAAAAAAUCAACGAGACAGAAACAGACAACUUUCUAAACAAUUGCUGCGGGACACGAAGGAACAAAACUACAAGACAGAGUCUCAGGAUUGUUGGUGGGACAGAGGUACAAGAGGGUGAAUGGCCAUGGCAAGCUAGUCUGCAAUGGGAUGGGAUCCAUCGCUGUGGAGCAACUUUGAUUAAUGACACAUGGCUUGUGAGUGCUGCUCACUGCUUUAGAACGUAUAAGGACCCAGCCAGAUGGACUGCUUCCUUUGGAGUAAAAAUAGAGCCUCCAAAAAUGAAACAAGGCCUCCGGAGGAUAAUUGUGCAUGAAAAAUACAAAUAUCCAUCACAUGACUAUGAUAUUUCAGUUGCAGAGCUUUCUAGCCCUGUUUCCUACACAAAUGCAGUACACAGAAUUUGUCUCCCUGAUGCAUCCCGUGAAUUCCACCCUGGUGAUGAGAUGUUUGUGACAGGAUUUGGAGCACUGCAAAAUGAUGGAAGUAGUCAAAAUCACCUUCGGCAAGUACAGGUGAAUCUCAUAGACACUAAAAUCUGUAAUGAACACAAAGCUUACAAUAAUGCCAUAACUCCUAGAAUGUUAUGUGCUGGAUCCUUGAAAGGAAACAGAGAUGCGUGCCAGGGUGACUCCGGAGGACCACUGGUUAGUCCAGAUGCUAGAGAUAUCUGGUACCUCGCUGGAAUAGUGAGCUGGGGAGACGACUGUGGGCAUCCCAAUAAACCCGGUGUUUAUGCUAGAGUGACUGCCUUCCGGGACUGGAUCGCUUCCAAAACUGGUGUCUGAGAGAGAACAACCUAGAAGAAUGGAACACAUUUUUGUGUAGAGGCCGUUCUUAGAGAUAUAGAAUUGCAGAAGUCAUGCAGAUCACCUGGAUGUGACUGAUCGAACUAAACUAUCUGCUAUUUCCUUCCUAGCUCUGCUUCACUUAGCAUCCUGCUUCUGCCAGAUGGAUUCUGUCCCAACUUGCAGUCACUUGUUUUCUAUCAUCAAAUUUUGGCUUGUUGACAUAAAUUUCUCAUGCAUACAUACAAUCUGAAGCGAUCCCCUCCUUCAUUUCCCCAGUUUCUCUCAUCUCGGUAAAUUUCCACUUUCAAGGUGCAGGACAAAGAGUAAAAGGAAGUAUGAAAAGGAAAGAGCUACAUUUUUAUGUACAGGAAAGUAUUAGGUGUUUUUUUUCUUAAUGAAAUGAGGAAAGUGAUCUUAAUCAUUAUGAAAGCUCAAGCACACAGACAGCGGAAUACCAAACACUUCAUGACGGCAAAAGAAUGGGAACUAAAGUUAAGGAAACAAAGAGAAACCGAAAUACAACUUUAUUUUCAUUUCCAGCAAACAAGAGAUAAGUGUGGGGAAGAUUCUGUUUUCUUGUGGCCUAUAAUAAUUAUACAAACUAUAUAAUGUACUUAUUCUAAGUUAAAGCAAAUAAUAUUUAUUUAACAUUGCACUACUGAGAAUGUCAAUAUAUAAUAAUAAAAAAUAAAUAUCAUCAAUUUGCUUGA